GUUGGAGGCGGCGGCGGCGGCGUCCUCCGCUUUGUCCCGGGCCGAGCCCGGCCGCUCCUGGCCCGCCUGAGCCGGGCGGAGAGAGAGAGAGAGCGAGAGCGAGAGAGAGGCGGGACGUGGACGCGGCGCCGGAGGGAGAGCGAGGCGGGCGGGCUCCUGGUGCUGCCCUCUCGGCCGGCCUCCUGCUCCCGGCCGCCGGCCAUGUCGUCCAUCCUGCCCUUCACGCCGCCCAUCGUGAAGCGGCUGCUGGGCUGGAAGAAGGGCGAGCAGAACGGGCAGGAGGAGAAGUGGUGCGAGAAGGCGGUCAAGAGCCUCGUCAAGAAGCUCAAGAAGACCGGCCAGCUGGACGAGCUGGAGAAGGCCAUCACCACGCAGAGCGCCGCCACCAAGUGCAUCACCAUCCCCAGGUCGCUGGAUGGCCGGCUACAAGUCUCCCAUCGAAAGGGUCUCCCGCACGUCAUCUAUUGCCGGCUGUGGCGGUGGCCAGACCUUCACAGCCACCACGAACUGCGCGCCAUGGAAAUGUGCGAAUACGCCUUCAACAUGAAGAAGGACGAAGUCUGUGUGAACCCCUAUCACUACCAAAGAGUGGAAACGCCAGUAUUACCUCCGGUUUUGGUCCCACGACACGCGGAAAUUCCAGCCGAAUUCCCUCCGCUCGACGACUACAGCCAUUCCAUUCCCGAGAACACGAAUUUCCCAGCUGGCAUCGAGCCUCAGAGCAACUACAUUCCAGAGACACCGCCUCCCGGAUAUCUGAGCGAGGAUGGAGAAACCAGUGACCAUCAAAUGAACCACGGUUUAGAUGCAGGUUCUCCAAAUUUAUCUCCGAAUCCGAUGUCUCCUGCACACAGUAAUCUGGAUCUCCAGCCAGUCACCUACUGUGAGCCGGCCUUCUGGUGCUCCAUUUCCUAUUAUGAGCUCAACCAGCGAGUGGGAGAGACAUUCCACGCCUCUCAGCCCUCAAUGACCGUGGAUGGUUUCACGGACCCAUCAAAUUCGGAGCGCUUCUGCCUCGGCCUGCUUUCCAAUGUCAACCGCAAUGCAGCUGUGGAGCUGACCAGGCGGCACAUUGGGAGAGGAGUGAGACUGUAUUACAUUGGAGGGGAAGUUUUUGCCGAGUGCCUUAGUGACAGUGCCAUAUUUGUCCAGUCCCCCAACUGCAACCAGCGUUAUGGCUGGCACCCAGCUACCGUGUGCAAGAUACCGCCAGGGUGUAACUUGAAGAUAUUUAACAAUCAAGAAUUUGCAGCCCUCCUGGCUCAGUCAGUCAACCAGGGUUUCGAGGCCGUCUACCAGUUGACACGCAUGUGCACCAUCCGGAUGAGCUUCGUCAAGGGCUGGGGGGCCGAGUACAGGCGCCAGACCGUCACGAGCACGCCCUGCUGGAUCGAGCUCCACCUGAACGGCCCCUUGCAGUGGCUGGACAAGGUCUUGACGCAGAUGGGGUCCCCGAGCAUCCGUUGCUCCAGCAUGUCUUAAAAGGAUGAGGAAAAGUGGAAGCAGGUCAAGUCUUGAGUAGGGACAAAAGAGGUCAGCCUCUCUUCGGUAA